GGACACUUAAUUUCUCUUUCUGACUUGGCGGAAAAUAUAGUUGUGGUGGCCAACUAAGUGAUGUAACUUAUACAAGGUAGAUGCAGAUACUCGAUCAUAAUGCCAUGCCAGGUCUUGCCCAUGACCUAAGACUAGGGAUUGUAAACGGGUGAAGCGGAUAUCUCAAUAUUCAUAUUCGUCUUGUAUUAAGUGUGGGUCGGGUUGGAUAAUAUUUACGUGAAUGCAGAAUGUGAUGGGUCGACUCAUUCUUACAUAUUUUUUGAAGAAAAUAAACGAAAAAAUUUCUUUUAUAAUUAAACAGAAAAAACACUUUAUGAAUGAAAAAUAGUGAUGAUAGAAUGAAUAAUUGAAAGAUCAAGUAUUGCACCUAUUUAAAUUUUCAUUGGGGUGAAACUAUGAUUGGAAUAAGAAAAAUAUAAAUAUAUAUUGAAGAAAAUUGAGAUAGGACGGGUAAAGAAUAAGGCGAGCGAGACGGGGCAAGUUAGAAGUAGUAAUUCAUGUCCUACCCCACGCUACUGCGGGUCGGGAAAUACUCGGCGUAGAGGGUUCAAAUUGUCAUCCCUACCUGAUAAAUGGUUUAAGAGAGCUAUGGAUCUGGCUAGUGAUGGCAAUAGGGUGGGGUGAGUACCUCAAUACCCAUACUCAUCUCGCAUUAAACGAGAAUCAGGACGAGUAUUACUCGCACAUGUAUGGGACGGGUAGAGACGAAUUUUACUUUAAAUUAAUUAUAGUAGCAAAAUCAUAACUCACACAGAUAUAUGGUUAGGGUAUGUGGUUAGGAUAUAGCAGAGAUCCUUUUUAAUCUAUAUUUUGAAAAUAAAAGUAUUUAUGUCACUUCAAAUUAACUAUAGUAGCAAAAUCAACUCAUAAAGAUAUAUGGUCAGUGUAUAUGGUAUGUGGUUAGCAUAUAGCAAAGAUCCCGUUUUAAUCUAUGUUCUGAAAAUCAAAGUAUGAAUGUCACUUUAAAUUAACUAUAGUAGCAAAAUCAUAAAUCAUAAGGAUACAGCGUAUGUGGUUAGUGUAUAAUAUAUUGAUGGUUUAUUGUAUACGAUCAACAACAUAUACUAACUUAUAUUGUCGAUUAAGGGUAAGGGUUUAGUGUAUAGGGUAUAUGUUAUUGAGUAAGUUAUGAUUGAAGUCAUGACAAUUUUACUAAAUUUGAUAGUCAAAUUAGACGGUCAACCGAGCUGACAUAGCAAGUGAUGUGGACCUUGACUAACGGUCGACUCGGUUGACCGUCUAAUUUGAUAGUCAAACCCGUCUCCGAGCCAAAUAAGGAAGUAUGUUACAUAGUUUAGGCCAUAAUAGCAAUUUUCGAUACCACGGGCCGAAAUAGAAAGUUUUUCUAUAAUUCGGGCCAAAUUAAGGUAUUAACCUAAGAAUCAAUUCAGUCAUUCUGCACAUCUUCUUCCUCAACUAACAAAGAGAAACAAUAACAUUAACAACACAAAUCUGCUGGUGCAAUUCAAGUCUAGUUUGAUCACUUCCUAGUCGUGGGUAGUAGUAGAAGCUUUAGUUGCCAAGCCUCUGCCUCUUUGUCGGACUUUCGUCACCGCCUCCGUCGCCUUAACAUGCAUCUUCCGACAGAUUCGACCGGCGGUGCUUUCGCAGGUAACGCUUAUCCAUCUCCACAAGUCAUCUACCUUCUCCUCCUGCCGAGAAUGUCAGCGCCUAUUGUCGGCUGGUUGGCCGUCUUCUCUACUUGACCGUUACUCGGCCCGAUAUCACAUAUGCUGUUAACAUUCUCAGUCAGGCUAUGCAGGCACCCACCAAAGCUCAUGAGGAUGCAGCGAUUCGUGUACUACGAUAUCUUAAAGCUUCUCCUGGGCGUGGCCUUUUUUUCCCACAGUCUUCCUCGCUUACUCUCACAACAUUUUGUGAUGCCGACUGGGGUGGUUGUCCUGUCACACGACGCUCCACCAUAGGUUAUUUCAUCAUGCUUGGCUCAUCUCCCAUCUCUUGGCGUACUAAGAAACAUACAGUUGUAUCUCGUUCUUCUGCAGAGGCUGAGUAUCGUGCUAUAGCUAGCACGGUUAGUGAGGUACUUUGGCUUCGUUGGCUCCUUCGCGAUUUGGGAGUUGUUUCGACAGGUCCCACUACUCUGUUCUGUGAUAAUCAGGCCGCAUUACACAUUGCUGCCAACCCAGUUUUUCACGAGUGCACCAAACAUGUCGAGAUGGAUUGUUAUUUUGUUCGGGAGCGUGUCCAGUCUGGUGACAUCGAGCCUCGUAAAAUUGCUACUUCUGAUCAGCCGGCUGACUUGUUUACGAAGGGAUUGAGUGUGGAGCAGUUUCAUCAUCUCUUCGACAAGCUCGGACUUCUCGACAUUCACUCCUUCACUUGAGGGGGAGUGUUGCGGUGUAUCUUAUCUGAUAAUUUAUAUUUGAUGACUAUUUUGUUAUUUUACUUUUAUCAUUGAUCCAACCCUACGUGACUUGUGGAAAGGGUUGGGUUUUGUAUAUUAGUAGUCGGCUAGGGCUGCCGAGAACAAUAAGGAAGAAAGAACAGAAAUAAGAAAACAGCCGAGAGCCAAAACUCUUCAUGGACUAAUCCCGUUCAAUCUGAACGGGGAAACCACGUAAAAUCUGCGUCUUGUGUUUAUUUUUCUUUCCGCGAUCAUCGAAUUUUACAUAGGCUGUUGCAUACGAUUAGGGAUUAUGCAUCCAUGAUUACAAUUUACAGGUUUGGACUUUCAAUCGGUAUAAGACCAUUGCAGCUCUGUUUACCAUCAAAAGGAAGAACAAACCUAUUCCAAAUAC